UUCAUACGUGGCGGUGUAGUGCGUUCGAACUCUCGAUGGCGGCAACUUUGCCUAGCGCCUGCCAUCAAUCUUCGGAAUAUCAUAACGAUGGCUACGCAGUGCAACGAUCUAGACGUCAAUGGAAUAUUCAAGAUGGCCCCCGCGGCGUGAUCCGGCGCAUGAGGAGCCAGCUGGCAGAGGAGGGAGAUCCUGACUCACAGAUGGCGCUGGCGAGCGCGCUGCUACAGGAGACAGACGACGACGGGGAGUGCGCUCGUCAGGCCGUCUACUGGCUGACGAAGGCGUCGCUGCAGGGCCACGUGAAGGCCACAGAACUCCUGCAGCAGUGCCUGGAUACUGCAGUGGGUAUCAGUGAACAUAACUACCAUGAAGUUCUACACUGUCUCGCCACGCCGCUGCAAGAGAAGCUUGCUCGCAAGGCUGCACACGAUCUCUUCCUAAGCAUAAGCAAUGGAAACGAUUUCGUCACGAGUUCCAUGCUUGCCGCGCACAUCCGCCAUCUUCAGCGACCAACACACGAACUCUCCGAGGUAUCGUCGGAAGCAAGCACUCUAGAACACAAAUAUGGCGGAGAGCGCUUUCUUGAAGAGCAUCUUGCCGCUGCAGCAGCUUCCUACUGCCAGGGACACUUGCCGACUUUGCAUCAGUUCCUGCCUUCGUUAAGCCUUUGUCAGGAAAGAAGUAAAGAGCGCGAUACCAGACCUGCCUCGUCUCCGAGCGCCCCAGGAUCUCGGGACGAAGAGACGAGACCAAGUCUGUGGCAACGUCUCUUUGAAUCUCGCCUGCUCGGGUUGCAGUCUUCAGACGAGACUGCCGCCUGUGUCUCUGGUGCCUCAAGAGCCCUGGAGAAACUCGUCCAAUUUCUUGGCGUGGAAGUCAUGAAGAAGAUUCGAUGUUGGUCUUACAGCAUGACGUAUAUCAAACUAAGUUUCCUGGUCAUAUUUAUAGCAUCAUUUUGUUCAUCAAUACAGAGGGAUUCUUUAGCUAGAUGCCUUCCACCAGUCAUGUUCUUUGCGUCUCUUAUGUCAAUGAUGGUAUCGAGCGCAACGAUCUUCGCUAAUUAUAAAUUUUUGGACCAAUUCAAGGUGUGGUCCUUCCUCUUGAAGCAUCAUUGCUCAGCGCUGUGCACUGACUCUGCCGAACGAAAGUUUCGUAACAGGUGGCACCUUCCCUUCAUCAUUUUGUUUAUAAGCCUAAUUUGUUUUCUAAUUUCUGCACCCUUAGUUCCUAAUUUACUACUUAGCAUAUGCUUGCCUGUGUUUGGCUUGAUGUGUUUGUUAAGUCUCGAAUGUUCAUUCAAACGUGUUGAUUUUGUCGAACAUCUUCCACUUGUGCUCUUCUUGGUUGCUCAGGGCGCUAAUUUUAAUUACCUUGCUGAUGACUUAUCUCAGUAUUUGCCGGCCAGUGUUGGGGUUUACUUCGAUUUAUUGAGACACUGGGAGGCAGAAUAUGUACUGACAGAGACGAUCCACUUGAACCUGAGCCUUGCUUCCAUGUGCCAUAUGACCGCCAUUCUGUGGUACAUAAUUUGCUGUGUCAAGAAAGGUUGGUUAGCCUUUUCUACAUUAAUGCUCAGCGUUAUCUGGUCUAAUCUUUUCCUUGCAUGUUUGAAGUCCGUUUAUUCACCCAUAAAUUUAGCUUAUUGUUCUAUUAUUUGGUCUCUUCUCAUCUUCGCACCUCUGAUAUUUAGUUUCGUUUCAAGUGCUGCUCCCGCUGCAGCGCUCUUCUUCUUGGGACAAUAUCUCGCUGUCAGGUUCGAUUUCUUGCUGGCAGUUAUCAUCACAUUUGUUAUUUUACAACAAAUUUUAGAAAAAUAUUUCCCAAGAACAUUGAAGAUAUUGAAGCUUAUUAUUACAUGCAGUGUCGUUAUAUUCUUUUUCGGAAAUACUCAUCUUCCUGCAAGUAAAGAAGAAAUAGUUCAUUUGAACUGGAAUGACUACCGCAAUAUUUGUGUUCCGUCUGGGAAUUUGGAAGCUGAGACUUGGAUUGCUUGUCAGCCACUGGAAGGCCUGAAGGUUCGCUGGUCCGGAGAAGUGGUCGACGUUAAAGUUACCGAUGUCACAAAUUGGCCUCAAUUUUUCUUAACAAUUCUACCCUUGCCGGAACGAGUUCGAAAAUUCAUAGUUUGUAAUAUAGGGCAAGAGUUAACUCCAUGCAAUCGCUCCAACAUGAAGUUCUUGGACUACGAACGAUGUAUUUUGAUCGCACAGAUUCGAGGCAAGGAUCGGUGCUCGGUCGCCAACUGGGACGUUUAUAGCUUUUCUCUCACAUUGGCCAUGGAUUCUGCUAACUGGAAGUUGAACAAGGAAGGUAUGAUGAUACAAGUAGAUUUCAAAAACUUCUCUCCGAAUUCUAUUUUGAGCCUUGGCGUUAGCGAGAGGGUAGAGUUUGAAGGCAUGUUAACGGAAGGUGUUGGCAGCAAAUCUCUCAGAGUGAAAGGCACAAAAUUAUUACGCACGGCUGAUAAAUCACACGAACCAGAAAUUUCACGCCAACGGCAGCAGCACGAAGUAAGUUAUUUUAUUGCGGCGAUGUCUUCCAUCUUCGACUUCUUCUUAAAACCAACUGUGGUUUUGCCACUAUUUAACACAGGGCGAGAACAUGUGUGAAGAAUUUUUCGCAUGUAACCAACAACUAAAAAUAUAGUCAUUUUGUUUUGAAUUAUGUUGAUUUAUUCGUAUGUAAUUAUCAACACUUAAGUCAAAUAUAUUUAGUCCAUUGCAGGUGCGUAGCCUCUGGAACAUUGGAUUGUCACAGGGUUUUAAUUUCAUCGGGUUGUUUUGCUGUUGGCAGUGCAGCCAUAUUGAUAAUCAAUAAUUACUUUUUCAUUUGCAAACAUUACUUUCAAUUACAAUAUUAUUUUCUACUACUAAUUCAGACUUCAUUUGUUUUAUCAACCACGAAACUACUUUAGGAUAUUCUCUUCACACCCAGUCGUCUCAAUGGUCUCCCAGCCUUACUUGUCAUUUAAUAUUCCGUUUUAUUAUUGUCCUUAUUUUGUUCUACCUACUCACCUAAAUACUGACAGUUAAAGCUGCUGGAUCUUCUGUUAUUUUGCAUUUCUCUCAAACUUCGUGUAUGAAUGGCCUCAACCUUGAUAAUUAUGUUAGAAUGUACACGAAAAUCUACCCUUCAAUUUUUUUUCAAAUGUAAAAAAAUAAAUUUUAGCCUCAAGGCUACAACCUCUACACUUUAAUUUUAAUUUCUUCUGAAAUAUUUAGACAGGACAGUAAAAAUUUGGGCUGAAAUGCUUUUCAUAAGCCAAAAAAAUAUUUAACUAAUAUUCAGAAAAUGUAGCGUAAACUACGGUGUUUUCCAGUUGACAGUUGAGCAUUGACUACAGUACUUUGUAUUGCUUUCAGUUAUAUGUGUUAUUUUUUUUAAUCCAGGAGCUUAGAUGCACAUUAGCUUUUACAUCGAGCUGUAUUGUCGCUGAAGUCAGAAUGUAACAGGUUUCGGCCAAUUAUAUCAGACUGCGAUAUUUUUACAAGCCAUCUCCCUUUCAGUUAAUUAUUUCAUAUAUCAACAUCAAUAAAACUGAAUUCUUGGAUGGUGGCUUGGAAAGACAUUUUCAUACGAAAUAAUAUUCAGCUUUUCAGCAAUAGAAAGUUUCUAGAAUGAAUGGUUUGGAG